AUGAGGUGGUCAUUUUCCACAAGCAUCCUCCCUGCUCUACUCUUUCUUUUUUUACGUUCUAGUACCAGCAUCCCCUUAGAUCUCCCUGCAAUCAAAAACUCUACGAUCAGCACCUCUCUUGCCGUGGAUCCGUCGAGGCAUAUCGACCCUUUGAUUGUGAACGUUCUGAUCACCGAAACAGCCCUCAAUAUCUCCGAGGAAUUUGACCCCUAUACGCCCCGCUACAUGCCCAUUGCGCCGUUCCCCGCCUUCGCAAAUGCCUGGUGCGAUCACGCUCGCGAAAUGGUGAACGCAGCAGGCGGGCUCGACGAGCCUUGGAAUGGCCCACAAUUCACAUGGGAUUGGCAGGACUUUCACGUAACGUAUGUACCUGGUGAUUACCUAGGCGCCACAUAUGGAGACCUGAGCACGGUGGCGAUCACGGUAAGGGGGAGGAUCGAGCAUUUCAGAGACGAUGAUUUUUACAGAGAAGUGGAGGUCUUUGUGGAGAGGAUGUUUGAGCUGGAGUCGAACGUCCUGGCGGUGAUUGAUGUUUGGCACGAUCAGCCAGGGGUGCAGGAAAAGCCUGGGUGGCUCGGUAUUGGCGCAAGCGGUAACGGGAGCGCGUCUGCAGGACAAGCACCGGUGGUAGGCUCUGUAAAUACAUCUUGA